AUGCCGGGCCUGUCAACGAGCAGCGGUUUCUCAAAUUUGCGAGAAAUUAAAAAGCAGCUGCUACUUAUCGCGGGCCUUACCCGGGAGCGGGGCCUUCUGCACAGUAGCAAAUGGUCCGCGGAGUUGGCCUUCUCUCUGCCAGCGUUGCCUCUCGCCGAGCUGCAGCCGCCGCCGCCCAUCACAGAGGAAGAUGCCCAGGAUAUGGAUGCUUAUACUCUCGCCAAGGCCUACUUUGAUGUUAAAGAGUAUGAUCGGGCAGCACACUUCCUUCAUGGCUGCAACAGCAAGAAAGCCUAUUUCCUGUACAUGUAUUCUAGAUAUCUGUCUGGAGAAAAGAAAAAGGAUGAUGAAACAGUUGAUAGCCUAGGCCCUUUGGAGAAAGGACAAGUGAAAAAUGAGGCUCUUAGAGAAUUGAGAGUGGAGCUCAGCAAAAAACACCAAGCUCGGGAACUUGAUGGUUUUGGCCUUUAUCUGUAUGGUGUGGUGCUUCGCAAACUGGACUUGGUGAAAGAGGCCAUUGAUGUGUUUGUGGAAGCUACUCAUGUUUUGCCUCUGCAUUGGGGAGCCUGGCUAGAACUCUGUAAUUUGAUUACAGACAAAGAGAUGCUGAAGUUCCUGUCUUUGCCAGACACCUGGAUGAAAGAGUUUUUUCUGGCUCAUAUAUACACAGAGUUGCAGUUGAUAGAGGAGGCUCUGCAGAAGUAUCAGAACCUCAUUGAUGUGGGCUUCUCUAAGAGCUCAUACAUUGUUUCCCAAAUUGCAGUUGCCUAUCACAAUAUCAGAGAUAUUGACAAAGCCCUAUCUAUUUUUAAUGAGCUAAGGAAACAAGACCCUUACAGGAUUGAAAAUAUGGAUACUUUCUCCAACCUUCUUUAUGUCAGGAGCAUGAAAUCUGAGUUAAGUUACCUGGCUCACAAUCUCUGUGAGAUUGAUAAAUAUCGUGUAGAAACAUGCUGUGUAAUUGGCAAUUAUUAUAGUUUGCGCUCACAGCAUGAGAAAGCAGCCUUAUAUUUCCAGCGAGCUCUGAAGUUGAAUCCUCGUUAUCUUGGGGCCUGGACAUUGAUGGGACAUGAAUACAUGGAAAUGAAAAAUACAUCUGCUGCUAUUCAAGCUUAUAGACAUGCUAUUGAGGUCAAUAAACGUGACUACAGAGCCUGGUAUGGCCUUGGACAGACAUAUGAAAUCCUUAAGAUGCCAUUUUACUGCCUUUAUUACUAUAGACGGGCCCACCAGCUUCGGCCUAAUGAUUCUAGAAUGCUGGUCGCUCUUGGAGAAUGUUAUGAGAAACUCAAUCAACUAGUAGAAGCCAAAAAGUGCUAUUGGAGAGCUUAUGCCGUUGGAGAUGUGGAGAAAAUGGCUUUGGUGAAACUGGCAAAACUUCAUGAACAAUUAACUGAAUCAGAACAGGCUGCACAGUGUUAUAUUAAAUAUAUCCAAGAUAUCUACUCAUGUGGGGAAAUAGUGGAACACUUAGAGGAGAGCACUGCUUUUCGCUAUCUGGCACAGUACUAUUUUAAGUGCAAGCUGUGGGAUGAAGCUUCAACUUGUGCCCAAAAAUGUUGUGCAUUCAAUGAUACCCGGGAAGAGGGUAAGGCUUUGCUACGACAAAUCCUGCAGCUUCGGAACCAAGGAGAAACUCCCUCCACUGAGAUGCCUGCUCCCUUUUUCCUCCCAGCAUCACUGUCUGCUAACAACACACCCACACGCAGAGUGUCUCCACUCAACCUGUCUUCAGUCACACCGUAGCUGGCUACUUUCAAGCCAGCACAUUGUCAGAUCCAUAUUAAGCCUUACUUCCAUGUAAAGAUGGGCCACAUCUGUUCUAUGGAUCCCAGUUCUUUGGACAGGUGCAAACGGAUCCUUGAGAACAUUUUAUAAUAUUCACUUUCAGAUACCAACUAAUGAAGAAUUCUGGCAGGAACAGACAUUGUGUUUUCUCCCUUUCGUUAAGAAAGUGAAUUCACCUUCGCCUUCUUCUUAGUCUCCCCAACCCACCCCCUCCGAAAAAUAUCCUUUUAAUAGCACUUUAGCAUAGGCACUGCUACAAGAACAAAGUUUAACUAACACUGCCAGGCCCAGCAGUGUUAGUGAGAAAGGAAGAACUAUCUACUACCCCAACCUCUGCUGACAGAAGGGGGACUGAGUACCAUAGGAAGGUCAGAGCACUGGAUAGACAGAAUUUUGUUCUUGGGUUUGCUGAGCAUGAUUAUUCUGAUGUCAGAGAUCAGGCUUAACUGGAGUGAGCUAAACAUUUGUUUUUGACUGUAGGAAAGGCAUUUUUCUUUUUAAGUCUCCUAGAAGCUUUCAAAUAACUUACUAAAGUUGUAUAAGAGGGGAGAAAAGAAUGUCACUGAACAUUGACUGUUGAUGGCCCUGAAGGCAACAGAUCUUAUAGGUAGCUAUAAUCACUAAAACAAAGCAAGGAUAUAAGACUAAUUUUAUGGACACCUGGGAAUAACUUUUGAGAAUAAAACUCACUUCAAGCUGUCUUAAUAAAUACUAUUUUAUGUAA